AUGGCCUCUAACGCGUCCUGCGUCCUGCGUCCUCAAGAAUUGAGCGGCCCUCGUCCAGCGUCCACAAGAAUUGAGCGGCUCAAACAAGAUGGAUUUGCUGCCGACCAGCAGGUUGACAUCCCUACCCAGCUCGGCCUUGGCGUUCGCCUGCUUCAAGCCCAAGCACAUGUCAACGACGGCGUCCUUCACUUCUGUCACACGAGCUGCCUGCUGUUCGAUGGCGGAACUGUCGAGGAUUACCUCAACAAGGUUCACGACUUCCUGACGGCGAACCCUAACGAGGUCCUCACCCUCCUGUUCACGAACCCCGAGGGUGCGUCUCUCCCCGACCUCUGGGACCCACCAUUCCAGGCGUCCGGCAUCGCCGACCUGGCCUACGUCCCUCCUAGCAUCCCCGUCAAGCAGAGUGACUGGCCGACGCUCGGCGACCUUAUCGACAGCGGCAAGCGCGUCAUCGUCUUCCUCGACGCGGGCGCGGACACGGACCGCUCCGUGCCGUACAUCCUCCCGGAGUUUGAGAUGGUGUGGGAGACGCCGUUCUCGGUCACGGACGCGACGUUCCCGUGCAGCGUCGACCGCAUCAACGGCCCGCUCUCGACGGAAGACCACAUGUACAUGAUCAACCACUCGCUGAACAAGAACAUACUUGACACGGGCAUCAUCGUCUCCGACCCCAAGGACGCGCCCACGACCAACAGCGUCAGCUCGAUCUUGGCUAAUGCGGGCGGCUGCGAGGGCUUCGCUGCGGGCCGCGCCCCCAACUUCGUCCUCCUCGACUUCGUGAACCUCGGGCAAGGCCUCGACGCGGUCAACCAGCUGAACGGGCUGGCUAUUGUAUCAUCAUUCAAUAUCUUGCGGGUCAUCUGCGACUUUGUGAACAUCGGCGACUUCUUGACCAACCUCUUUUCUCUCGGGGACUUGUUCACGCCCAUCCUCAUCUCACGCUUCUUCUUCGACCUCCACGAUCUUACCACCCGCGACCCGAAGCUCUCACAGAUCAUCUCGACAGGGCAUGUACUGAAAGAAACCGAGUCGGCCGUCUGA